UCGCCGACGGUAAGUGCACUCAAAUGCAGCCGACGAAGCAAAAUCGUCAAUCGGUUCGUGUCAGCUAGUUCUAAUUGUAAUCUAGCUCUAGCAGAUCACACAGCAAACACGACCUAUAGUCGGGUAACGGUGAAAGUGAAAAGUAGUGCGGCUUUUUCGUUGAGAAUAAAUCGAAUGGGACUGGCUUGAGUAGUUAGUUCUUCACUUGGGAAAAUGUCACCACUCCGCUGGGGAGUCGUGACCGCUGGAACGGUGUCGCAUGAUUUUGUGUGCGCCAUAUCGACGCUUCCGGAAUGUGAUCAUAAGGUUAUUGCCGUUGCCGCAAGUGGUCGCGACAGUGUUAUUAAGUUCGCUGAGUUGCACGGAAUUCCAACGUUCUACGUUGGUUUCGAUGCACUGGCAAAGGAUCCACACAUUGACAUCGUUUUCAUCGGAUCGAUGACCAGUGCCCACUAUGAGGUGGCCAUGAAAAUGUUAGAAGCUGGGAAACACGUUUUGUGUGAAAAGCCAUUGUGCGUGAAUGAAGGCCAAACGAAGGCUUUGCUGAGUUAUGCCCGGGAUCAAAAACUAUUUUGUAUGGAAGCAAUCUGGUCACGAUUUUUGCCAAGUUACAGUCACGUGCGGGAACGAAUUCGGAAAGGUGACCUCGGUAACGUGAAAGAGGUAACAGUCGAGCUGGGUUCCACCAUGAGCAAAGUAGAACAGAUCCGAAUGAAACAGUGGAACGGUGGAGGAGCCGUUCUCGAGAUGGGCGUUAACAACAUCCAGCUGGCUCUGUGGGCUUUCCAAGAGGCCCCUAAUGAGAUAAUCCCCAAAUAUGUGCAGAACGCCGAGAACGUUUACACCGAAACCGACGUUCAGCUUCGUUUCCCGAGUGGAGGCGUGGCUAAACUCAGAACAAGCACCGUGAAAGCAUUGUCCAAUACAGCCGUUAUAACGGGCACGAAAGGAUCCAUAAAGCUACACGAUUUUUGCUGUCCCAUCGAAUUGACGGAUAUUGACGGUACCGUUCGAUCGUAUCCACUGCCUAACUCUAGAGUCGAAAGCAUUAUGAAGAACAGUGCCGGUAUGCGAUUCGAAGCGGAAGAAUGCAGGAAACGCAUCUUGGCCGGUGAUUCAGAAUCACAGGUGGUGACGCAUGCGAACAGUUUAGCGAUAGCUCGAGUGCAAGAUGUGAUACGAAAGCAAAUGGGUAUCGAAGCGGCCGAGGAUUAUACCUUUAAAAUCUGAAUGUGAAACUCCGAAUAAAAUAAUAGAAUUUCAUAUAUUUUCACAUAACUUAAUUUAUUACGGUUUUUCUUAAUAAACCACACACAGGAUUUUCCACCGAAACUGGACUUCAUAUUCAUGCCACCUACAUUCUUCUCUUCGGUCUACUGUUGCCUGUCCGUGCUGUAGUCCGCUUUCUGAUUCCGGUAGUCUGCCGUCCCAGCAUUCGCUUACUCCGGAACACAUACGGCACUGCC